GGAAAUGCUGCUGUUCUUUGAAUACUGAGAUGUUUCAUUAUUCCUUACUCGUCUGAUGCAUAAGCUGGAGAUUAGGCGUAGAAACAGUGCCUAGUAUUAUGGAGCAGAGUGACAGUGUCGGUUACGAGAAAGCUUGGCCAGUCUUCGGGCAUCGCCUCUCUCCCCUGCAAAGAACAAAUCGCUCUAUCCCUCUUCCAAAGAAUACUUCUCGUGUAAUCACACGAAUCUCGCUCGACGUCUCCUUCAAUCCAUCCCCUCUUCUUCUUCUUCUACUUCUUCUUCUUCCAGCUCUCGACAAUCGCCAGACAGAGAGAGACAGAGAUGGCGGAGAAGAAGGAGGAGGUUAUUCGACUGGAGCGCGAGUCGGUGAUUCCGGUCCUGAAGCCGAAGCUCAUCAUUACCUUGGCCAAUCUCAUCGUGCAUAGUUCUGACCGUAAAGAGUUUUUAAGGUUGUGCAAGAGAGUUGAAUAUACAAUUCGAGCCUGGUAUCUUCUGCAAUUUGAGGACUUGAUGCAACUUUACUCUCUCUUUGAUCCUGUGCGUGGGGCUCAGAAGUUGGAACGGCAAAACCUCUCUUCUGAAGGGAUUGACGAACUUGAGCAAAAGUUUCUUUCUUACCUAUUUCAGGUUAUGGAUAAGAGCAACUUCAAAAUUGCUACAAAUGAGGAAAUUGGUAUUGCCCUUUCUGGCCAAUAUCGCCUUAAUCUUCCAAUUACAGUCGAUGAAUCUAAGCUUGACAAGAAGCUUCUGAAAAGAUACUUUGCAGAGCAUCCUCGAGAAAAUCUUCCAGAUUUUUCAGAUAAGUAUGUCAUAUUCAGACGCGGCAUUGGGAUGGAUCAAACAAAAGGUUACUUUUUCAUGGAGAAAGUGGACAUGAUCAUCGCACGUAUUUGGGCAUAUAUUUUGAAACUCACCAAGAUUGAGAAACUUUUGUCUGGAUGGUCAAGUGCACGUCGUAAGAGAAAUCCAAAGAAGAAUGAUGAAAUUGUGACUGAAGGAGAGCAGAAUGACCUAUAUGUAGAACGAAUUCGUAUAGAAAAUAUGCAUAUAAGUUUUCGCAAUCUUCUAAGCAAGAUUACUAUCCAAGAACCCACCUUUGACAGGAUAAUCGUUCUUUACAGGCGCUCAAGUUCCAACUCGAAAGCUGAAAGAGGAAUAUAUCUAAAGCAUUUCAAAAACAUUCCAAUGGCGGAUAUGGAGAUAGUACUACCUGCAAAGAAAAAUCCUGGGUUGACUCCAAUGGACUGGGUGAAAUUUCUUGCCACUGCUGUAGUUGGUCUGGGUGCUGUAGUUGGUUCUCUUGACAUGCCUAAAGCUGAUCUAUGGGUCAUUUUUGCCGUGCUUUCUACAGUGAUAGGUUACUGUGCAAAAACAUACUUCACAUUUCAGCAAAAUCUGGCUGCAUAUCAGAACUUAAUUACCCAGUCCAUGUAUGACAAACAACUUGACAGUGGGAAGGGGACUCUUUUGCACCUCUGUGAUGAUGUGAUCCAACAGGAAGUCAAAGAGGUGAUUUUGUCAUUCUUCAUAUUGAUGGAACAAGGGAGAGCUACUAAACGGGAUUUGGAUAUACAAUGUGAAGAGCUAAUAAAAGAAGUGUUUGAUGCGAGCUGCAAUUUUGAUGUGGAUGAUGCAGUUGAGAAACUGGAGAAACUAGGCAUUGUCGCUCGGGAUUCUAUUGGAAGAUAUUAUUGCGUAGACCUCAAACGUGCUAACGAGAUCAUCGGAACUACGACAGAGGAACUUGUCUUCAGGGCAAAACAGAGCGCUAAUGCUUCCUGAGGGUAUUGAAGGUGGAUCUCCACUGCAGUGCAAUCUCAUUAAACCAGAGAGUCGAACCUUUGGAGUCGUUUACAUGUAUGAGAGUUAGUUCUCCAACCUUUCUGGACAAGAGGAAGUCUCAGCUGCCGCUCUAUACUUGCUAUCUGGAGUGUUCAUUUGUUCAUUAAUAUUGUAAUUAUACUAUCCUACGGUCUUAUUCUUUUUUGGUCUUUGUUAUUGUUGUUUGAAACUGG